AGCAUUGUGCUCAUUUGUUCCCACCCAUGUCUGAGAAAGAGAAGAAAGGAGAGGAGAGGAGAGAGAGUGAAGAGGGGCAAAUCCUAUUAGAAUUCAUCUGUUAGAGAUCUACGUUCUUGGCGGACGAGCACCUGCUCGGCAUGUCGCGGUUCGACUGCCCUCGCAAAACAAGGACGCUCCCGGCGAUGGCAGCGCUCAAGACAGUGUCGUUCGGCCGGUCGACGGAGUCCGAGCAGCUCUACCGGCCGGUUGACCCUCUGCUGCUCCGCGACGGAUCGGUGAGGACGUACUACGUCCGGCCACAGCAGCGGGACGCCGCGGAGGCGCUCAAUCUGCCAUUGCAGCAGAAGCAGGAGCGAGUGCAUGUGUUGUGCGGCAACUCUUCCACCGCUAUGCUUCUCGGAGGCGAACCCAAAACCGAUUCGUUUUCACCUCAUGUUGCGGCGAGCACGCUUCUCCCGGCGAUGGAGGUCCCGAGCUUGCAAAGCCCAAUGGAGACCCCGCUAUCCAGGAGUUGCAAUAUCAGCGCACCGGCGACCCGCACCGGCAACGUCGUCUCCAUGCCCGGGGUAGGCGCGCCGAGCAAGACGCGGAUCCGGUGGACGCAGGACCUCCACGAGCGGUUCGUCGACUGCGUGAACCAGCUCGGCGGCGCGGACAUCUUCUCUUGUUGGUGCGUGACACUUGCAGAGGCGACUCCCAAGGGGAUUCUGAAGCUGAUAAACUCUGAUGGCCUCACCAUCUACCACAUCAAGAGCCACCUUCAGAAAUACCGGAUAGCCAAGGACAUGCCAGCAUCAACAUCUGAAGGGAAACAGGAGAAAAGAACCGAGGGAAACGAUGUCCAGAAUCUCGACCCAAGCAUUGGAAUGCAAAUCACUGAAGCUCUACGCGUCCAGCUCGACGUGCUGAGGCGCCUCCACGAGCAGCUCGAGAUCCAGCGGAACCUGCAGCAGAGGAUCGAGGCGCAGGGCAAGAAGCUGCAGAAGAUGUUCGAGGAGCAGCUCAAGGCGAGCAGGACCGUGAUGGAGCCGCGGGAGGAGCUGCAGGACGUCGGCGCCGCCUUCCGCGGCGUCAUGGAGCAGGAGGAGGACGCGUUCGACGACGUGCAGCUGCAGUCCGUGGCCAGCAGCGGCUACACCGAUGCCCGGUUCCCGUAGAAGAUAAGCUAGCUAAGCGUCGGGGCGUCUCAGCUAGCCUGGUUUGUAAUCGUAGGAUCUGGCAAAUGAUACGUACAACGUUGGGGUGGAGUGACUUUGUUAUUGCCAAAUCGAGCUGUCGAUUUUUUUAACAAAAAAUAUGUAUUGAAACAAUGGGGAUAGAGGAUCAUCGUCCUCCGUCGAGGUAAACCCACGAUUAAGUUUCAGUUUAUGUGUUAUCAGAGUUAUGAUCAAUUUUCUUUAUAA